AUGUUGAGAACUGUCCUAAGAACUACAGUGGCUAAGAGCCCUGUAUGUGGCCCUAUUCGUCAUAGUUCUUCAUCAACUAGUGCUAUGGCUUACAAACAAUUACAUAGACAUGCAAAGAGACCUCCUCUGCCAACAGUCGAGACUCCUGUAUGGGAUGCUAAUACUGCAGUUUCAUCUAUUCUAUAUGAUACACCAACUCCAUCCAAACAACCUAAACAUCAACAUGUCUUGAACUGUUUGGUACAAAAUGAACCUGGUGUGUUAUCCCGUAUAUCCGGAACUCUUGCCGCUAGAGGUUUCAAUAUUGAUUCCCUAGUGGUAUGUAACACUGAAGUUAAAGAUUUAAGUAGAAUGACUAUCGUUUUACAAGGUCAAGAUAGUAUCAUUGAACAAGCCAGAAGACAAAUCGAGGAUUUAGUACCUGUUUAUGCUGUGUUAAACUAUACUAACUCUCAAAUGGUAAAACGUGAAUUGGUUCUAGCCAGAAUAUCUUUGUUAGGAUCUGAAUAUUUCCAAGAUUUAUUAUUGAAUCAUCAUCAUGAUGAGACUAAUGCAGGUUUAAUCUCAAAGAUUAGAAAAGAAAAAUAUCAUCCUUCUAAUUUACUACCAAGUGAAGUUCACAGAUUAAAACAUCAACAUUUGAACGAUAUUACUAAUUUGGCAAAGAAUUUCGGUGGUAAAAUCGUCGAUAUCUCAGAGACUAAUUGUAUUGUUGAAUUGGCCGCUAAACCAACUCGUGUCUCUGCCUUCAUUAAGUUAUUGGAGCCUUUCGGUGUUUUAGAAUGUACGAGAAGUGGUAUGAUGGCUUUGCCAAGAACUCCAUUGAAGACAUCUCAUGAAGAAGCUGAAGAAGAUAAUGACAGUUUAAUUAGUGAAAUCGUCGAUAUUUCCCAACUACCACCUGGUUAA